AUGGUUGACGACGAGACACUCGAGAGACUGGCCAAGGCUUCAGACAACGCGUACCAAGAAAUGAAGUAUAUUGGGGACACAGACGCGGAAGCGAAGAUGAAGGCCGCGCUUAAGGCCAUAGAAACCAUGAUAGACCUGCUCGAGGUUUGUGAGAUAGACGAAAUCAUAAAAAAGGCCGCCAGAGCGAGAACCGUCAACGUUCGGGACUUCUUGGAACAUGUUGACGCGGACGGCCCCCUUGCCGAGUCCAGGAAGGAGCUCGUGGAGCUCAUGGAUAAAAUGGAGAAUCUUGUAAUGCAGAGUUGUUACUUUCGGGACGCAUUUCCGGAUCAUACCUACGUUGCCAAGGUCGCCAAGUUGCUGAGAAUGGUUCAAUCAACGACUCUAUUCUACAAGUGCGAAAGCGCUUAUUUUCCACUCUACGCGGGGAGCCUCGCGGCCCGCAUUCUCGCCAAGGCAGAUUCCCUGAGCCUCAUUGCCUAA